GGCGGCCAUGUUGUUUCGGCGGGGGUUCGGGGGGGAAACUUGUUGUCGGAAGAGAGAGAGACAGAGAGAGUCUGUGUCUGUUCCUGACGCUGCUGUGUUUAUGUUAAACUCGCCGUUUUAACACCGUGUAGCUUUUAACCGCUUCACCAUGAGCCGUCCGUCCUCAGCGGGUGGCGCGGCUGGAGGACUCGGAGCCGGUAAAGCGGGAGGAAACAAGCACGGAGGCUCGGGAGGCGGCGGUGGCGGUGCUGGAGGCGGCGGAGCAGCAGCAGCGGCGGCGGCGGCAGCAGCAGCAGCCGCCGGUGUGUCGGGCUCAGUGGCCGGCUCGGUCCCUGCGGUGGCCGCCGUGGCCCUGCCACACUCCGCUCUCCCCGGCCAGUCAGCCGAGCUCCAGGUGCUCUUUGAGUGUCCCGUGUGCUUCGACUACGUGCUGCCGCCGAUCCUGCAGUGCCAGGCCGGACACCUGGUGUGCAACCAGUGCCGACAGAAGCUGAGCUGCUGCCCGACCUGCCGCGGGCCGCUCACCCCGAGCAUCCGCAACCUGGCCAUGGAGAAGGUCGCGUCCACGCUGCCGUUCCCUUGUAAGUACGCCUCGGCGGGGUGCCUGCUGUCCUUGCACCACAGCGAGAAACCGGAGCACGAGGAAGUUUGCGAGUUCCGUCCAUACACCUGCCCCUGCCCUGGCGCUUCUUGCAAAUGGCAGGGCUCCCUGGAAGCAGUCAUGCCCCACCUCAUGCACGCCCACAAAUCCAUCACUACGCUUCAAGGCGAGGACAUCGUCUUCCUGGCGACAGACAUCAAUCUGCCCGGCGCGGUGGACUGGGUCAUGAUGCAGUCCUGUUUUGGCCACCAUUUCAUGCUGGUGCUGGAGAAGCAGGAGAAGUACGAAGGCCAUCAGCAGUUCUUUGCCAUCGUGCUCCUCAUCGGCACUCGCAAACAGGCUGAGAACUUCGCCUACCGUCUCGAGCUCAACGGCAACCGCAGACGCCUCACGUGGGAAGCUACGCCACGGUCUAUUCACGACGGUGUAGCGGCAGCAAUUAUGAACAGCGACUGCCUCGUCUUUGACACCUCCAUCGCCCAUCUGUUUGCUGAUAACGGCAACCUGGGCAUUAACGUGACCAUUUCCAUGUGCUGAGGUAGCAGUCUGACCUCUACAGGGAAUGAUCUUGACAGGGUGGAGGGUCUGUUGGGACGAACGUCCGGUUGGGAGAUGUAUACAUUCGUGUACGUGUCUUUUCAAGAAUUGUUCCUCGCAAGAUGGCGCACAGGUUGGGAUGCUGAACAGAGGAGACGGAUAAUCGUCCUUCCAUAGCAUGGCGUGUUGGUACGGGAGAAGCACAUCUUGCUUUGCCCAAGGACAACGAUAUGACUGUGCAUACUACUCCGCUGUCUGGCUUAGCUCAGUCCGAGUUCAAGUACGGAACGUGGCCAUGUCUACAACAGGACGUCCGCAGCCAAGGCUUCACGUUCUCCGGUCCGGCGUCUGGAGCCGGGCUUCAACGAGUUGUGCGGAAAUCGUAGCACGGCUGCUUCACACAACAUACGUGUGACAUGAAAUAUUGCACUGACUGACUUUUUUUUUUUCUUUCCAAAUUGAAUCAUAACUGUGUAGAUGGUAAGAUGUUCGGAGGGUGCAGUAACUCCCAGAAACAAAAUGGUGUGCACGGUGGAAAUAAAGCUAACUUCAGUGCACUUGUGAGCCACCAGGUCUGUCAGGCAAACGCACGAAUUCUUGCAUAUUCAUCUGUUUUUAGUUGUUUAUAAACAUUUCUCAUGCCACAAUCACCAUGGAAACUUCGCCUGGUCUCAACAAUACGUCAGUAGAACAGAUUUCUCGAUGGUCCCCAAGUAGAUCCUUCUGCCAAACCAGAGCAAAGGUUCCGAUUGUUGAUCAAGUGAACGAAAUGAACGCAGCCGAACCUUUUCCAACCGUACGCUGUUCCCCGUAUCACUGAAAUAAAUCUCCUCAUAUACUGUCUUGAUACUUGAAUGUUUUCGAACUGUGGUACUCUGGGCUCGGUAUCGUACGUUCGUGGUCCAGUUCCUGGUGACUGCAUGUAAACUUUAGGAGUCUGCAUGCUACGAUAAAUGAGCGACUGCUAGCUAACUGCUCUCGGAGCAGUUCAGGGUUUCCUGUGGUUUGUUCCUUUUUAUGUAAUUUUUUUUUUUUUUUUUCCCCCUGAUCUGAAUCUGAAAUGAUCAAAAUGACAGUCUGUACAUAUUCAAAAAAAAAAAGUUUUAUUUGUUGGUGUUUUUUUUUUUUUUUUUUAUGUCUCUCUUUAAAUGGGUUGUUUAGUCUUGCUUGGUUUGUGCUCCAGCUUUUUAAACCACAACUCAAAUUAUUUGGGAAUUUUAUUUAAAUUUUUUUUUUUUAAACCACACUUCCGAGGUGACUCAACCUUACAGCGCCUUAUUGUCUACAACUCGAACCUUUCCGAGCCCAACAGGGCACAAUUUCAGGUCUGUAACCCAAUGAAUUUGAAGAGCCUUAGUCAUAAAAAAAAAAAAAAAAGGCAUUUUUUUUUGGGGGGAAUGUAAAAUUUAUGCUUUAUAAAACCUCCAGAACUCCACAGCAGUAGCCGAGACGACGACAAAAAAAAAAAAACAACACACCCCACAUGCAACCCGAACCUCUACACAAAUACCUCUGAUGUGAUGUUGAACAUCUGUAAGUGGACUGCAUCGAUCUCUGGAACCCUGGUGGUCUUCAGUUCAGCAAGAGUCGUCCUUGUCUUUCUAUCACGCUUAUUUAAAUAUGUAAAUGUUCCUUCAAUCUGCUAUCCAGAUGUUGUGUUUUUUUUGGGGGGGGGGGGUUAAUGGAUUUUGUAUGUUGUGCAAGACUUGAAGGAAAUAUUCGUGUCGUUCAUGUUUAUUCCGUGAGCUCGUCUUGCUCCAGUCAGUGUCUGCUUUCCAAAUACGGUUUGGUUCUAAUCACGUGGUUGUCAUGGCAACUCGAUAUCCAAAUUAGAACCUUUUGGAUAAUAGUGUGGAAGGUGGUGGUGGUCCAGACGUUCUUGAAACACACAAUGUCUCCUGAGUAUUGGAUCCAUUUCACCAAAAAUGACACUUCAGGGUUUAUCACCGUGGCAACAACUAUCAUGCCAUGAUCGAUCAAACAAAUUCUCAUAAUUCUGACAAACACCAAUAUUUUAAAAAAUAAAUCAACAAUUAACUUUUUAGUUUUAAAUUUCAAGGUUGAGCCAACUGCUUGAGUUUGUAAUUAAAAAAAAAAAAAAGUUAGAAAACACGUCGUUAAAUCCUCCAGACUCGUAAUAAACAUUCGUUUGAAGUGUUGAUCGCAAUUCAUCCAAACUAAAACUGGCUUUAUAUGGUUACAUUUUGCUAUUGCAGAUUUAAAUAAAUCAAUCACACAUUGUAAAAACGUUCGUGCGAGAUCAGUAGAAUUAUCCUGCGCUCACAAUACGAUGGCUCGUUUCUUGUAGGCGUGGCGCUUUCCAAAUGUCGUACUGUCUCUAUACAGUUAGUGGUCGUGUACGACAGGAGAAGACAAAACUACGGUAUUUAUGCGUCAGACAGUAAAUACGAGUUAAUUGCAGGUGAAAGGGGGAACUGAACAAAUGCCACACCACACGGGCUGUACGAUCGCUUGGAGGAAUCAAUCGAGCUCACGGUUUGGAUUCGUCAUCAUCACACGCCGUUUACUUUGGAUGUUGCUCAGCGGCAGCCGUUUUAGUACUAUCGUGACCAGAGACAGCUGCGAAAGAAAUUUUUCGUUAUGGCGCUCAUCUGAAAACUCUGAGUGAGAAGAAGAAACGGGCUGAUAUGUGAUACUUGCGGGACGGCUACGAACGCAACGAACACUGAUGGUGAAAUGUAACAAUUUUCUAAUGGAGAGGGGGAAAAAAAAAAAGUUUGUCCUUAAAGGAACAGUCCACCGUACUUCCA